AUGUUUAAGAGAAAACAAAGUGAUGCAUCAAUUCCACUUCUAAGCCAUAAUGAAAAUGAAUCGAUACAAUCGAAAAACAAAUCAACUUUAUUCGGAAAAUUCUAUGGAGAAAAGAUCGAAACAUCAACAACGAAUGAGAAGUCGUCUUCCAGAAAAACAGUCAGUUUCAUUGAAUUGUUUCAAUUUGCUGAUAAAUGGGAUAUUUUAUUACUAAUAAUUGGUUUUAGUUUAUCAUUUAUUCAAGGUUUUAUCUUUCCAUGGAUGCUUUAUUUGCUGGGUCGUCUUUGUGGAACAUUUGCACAACGUGUAUAUGAUCAAUGUCUAUUUGUCGCAUCAAGCCAAUGUCCUUUUGGAAUUGAUAUAAAUACUAUUCCUUACAAUCAAUAUUACAAAUUGUGUCAUAGUAACAAUAGUGCAAUACAAUCUCUAAUGGAAGAUUAUCCAGAUUUUCAUAAAAGAAUUUAUCAUUUGAUUGUAAAAUUAAUUGUAUUGGCAUGCAUUCAAUUUUUUGUUUCUGGUAUAAGCUAUAUGGUAUUUACUACCACAAGUAAACGUCAAACAAAUCGAAUACGUCAAUUAUUAUUUCGUACAAUUCUUAACAAAACAUUGACUUAUUUUGAUACUCAUUCAAGUACAGAAUGGUAUAUGAAAUUAUCAUCAAAUAUUGAUCAUAUUGCAUUAGGAAUUGGAGAUAAAUUAACAACGUUUAUUACAACUUCUUUAUAUUCAUUAUUUGGUAUGAUCAUUUGUUUAUUUAUCUAUUGGCCAUUAGCAGUUCUAUUAUUUAUUAUAAUAUUUUGGAAUUUUUUUCUAAUAAAUUAUCUAUCUACGGUUAUCACACGUAUAUCUGUAGAUGAAAUGCGUACGUAUGCCAAAGCGGGAGGUGUAGCUCAAGAAGGACUUAGUGCAUUACGAACUGUUCUUGUCAAUAAUGCUGUUGGAUUUAUUAUUAAACGUUAUACUAAUUAUCUCGACCUCGUUCAACAAUAUACAAAGAAGAAAAGCAUUGUGUUUGGAUUAAUACACAGUACAUUAAAAAUUGUCACAUAUUUGUUUUAUGUUAUUUGUCUCAUCACUGUUAUAUUUAUAUUUCGUCAUUUCUCUGAGAAGAAUCAACCAUCUAUUAAUGAUAUUCUAACAAUUUUAACCGUAGCUGGAAUAUGUCUUGGUUUAGUCACUCAAGCAGGAGCAUUUAGUGUGUUCGUUAGCGAAGCUAAAGGUGCUGCUGUUGAUGUUUUUGCAAUGCUUAAUGAAGAUAAAACCACUAAUGAAGAUAUCAAUGAUGAUAAACAUCUUCGUACAGAGGCAUCGUUCAAUAAUAUUCAGUUUAAUCAUGCGACAUUUACUUAUCCAUCACGACCAACGACGUACGCUCUUAAUGAUAUUAGCUUUAGUUUAGAUCGAGGUAAUACUGUAGCUUUAGUUGGUCAUAGUGGAAGUGGUAAAAGCUCAUGUAUUCAAUUAUUAACAAGAUUCUAUGAUGUUACAUCGGGAGAAAUACUUUUAGAUGGUAUUAAUUUAACUGAUUAUAAUCGUCAAUGGUUAAGACAACAUAUUGCUAUUGUCAAUCAAGAUGCAGCAAUCUUUUCUACAACUAUUUUUAAUAAUAUACAAUAUGGAAAUGCGAAAGCAACAAGAAAAGAUGUUAUUGAAGCAGCUAAACAAGCAAAUGCUCAUACUUUUAUUAUGGCAUUACCAAAUGAAUAUGACACAAUGAUUGGUAGUCGAGGAUUUAAUCUAUCAGGUGGUGAACGACAACGUAUUGUUCUAGCAAGAGCACUUAUUCAACAAGCACCCAUCUUAUUAUUAGAUGAACCAACGAGUGCUUUAGAUAGUCAUAGCGAAGUACUCUUCCAACAAGCACUUUAUCGAUCAUGUCAAGAUCGAAUUGUAUUAAUAGUUGCUCAUCGAUUAUCAACUAUUCGUAAAUGUUCACAUAUAUAUCUUUUGGAUCAUGGUCAGAUUGUCGAAUCAGGCAAUCACGAGUCUUUAAUGACUCUUCAAGGACUAUAUUUCAAACUAGUACAAGCACAACAACAAUACAAUGCUACUGAAAUCGUCACAGAUAUGUUGUCUGAUGAUAAUGAUAAUGAAAUGAGAUACCGUCAUGUAUCAUCAGGUGAUAAAAAUGUAUCACUAUUGAAUACUAAUGAUACGACAUCGACGAAAACAAAAUAUCCAUUCUUUACCUUACUUAAAUUAGCACGUCCUGAGUAUAAUUAUAUCAUUAUAGGUUCAAUUAUUUGUCUUAUUUACAGUGGAUUCGAUGUAUUAUAUUCUAUAUUGCUUGGAUAUUCAGUUAAACAUGCAAAUUUUGCUGUUGCAGCUACAGCUUUUAUCAAAAGACUUCGUAUAAAAGCAUUGACAGCAUUUUUUCGACAAGAAGUCGGCUGGCAUGAUCGACAAGAGAAUAAUAGUACAGCACUUUGUGUUCGUCUAAGUACCGAUGCUGAUGAUGUUAAACGAUUAUUGAAUAUUCGAAUUAUAUUUGUAAUACAAGCAAUAGGAACACUUUUCAUCGGUACAAUUAUUGGUUUAAUUAUUAAUUGGAGAUUAAUGCUUAUUGUAAAUAUUCAAUUAAUAAUCUAUGCAUUAGUCGUUGCUGGAAUAAUCUACAUCAAUGAACGAAAUACGAUUGUACAUAAUAAAAUUGUUCAAGAAGCAACUACAUUGACUGUUGAAUGUAUAUCAAAUAUUCGUACAGUUCGCCAACUGGGAAAAGAUAAAGAUUUCUCCAAUCAAUACAAUGCAUUGAUCGAUCAAACUGAACUACCAACACAAACAAUAGUCGUUCUUGGGUUCUUAUCAGGAAUACGACAUUCUAUUGGACGAUUUGCUGUAGGUAUAUUGUAUGCUGUUGGAUUAAAAUUUGUUGAUGAUAAACUACUAAGCUUGGAUGAAAUGACGAUAGUAUUUGUUUAUGCUAUUUUUAUUAGUGUCGGUACAAUGAUUACUGAAAUGGCAGCUGCAGAAAUUGGUCGAACAGGAACAGCAUCUCGUAAUUUUGUCAAUCUAUUCGAACGUCAAUCAUUGAUUGAUAUUGAAGCAUCUAAUAAACACAAACCUAAUUCAUUUAAUAGUGAUAUCAAUUUUGAUCAAGUGACUUUUUCUUAUCCAACAAGACCACAUAUAAAAAUACUUGAUCAUUUAUCAAUGCAAAUUCAUCGAGGUCAAACAAUAGCAUUAGUUGGUCCAAGUGGAUGUGGAAAAUCAAGUAUUAUUCAAUUACUCACUCGUUUCUAUGAUGUUGAUGACGGUCAUUUGUUUAUUGAUAAUAAUGAUAUUCGAUCAUUAGAUGUUGAUUGGUGGCGUUCUCAAAUUGGUUUAGUCAAUCAAGAACCAAUUCUAUUUGAUACAACUAUAAAAGAAAAUAUUUUAUUUGGUUGUCAAUAUCGCUCAGAAUCAUUACCAACCGAUGAGCAAAUCAUUCAAGUAGCAAAAUUAGCCAAAAUUCAUGAUUUCAUUUGUUCAUUACCACAGGCUUAUGAAACAAAUGUAGGAGUUGAAGGUACUCAAAUGUCUACUGGACAAAAACAACGUAUUGUUAUUGCUCGUUGUCUACUUCGACAAACCAAAUUAUUACUUUUUGAUGAAGCUACAUCAGCUUUGGAUACUGUUAACGAACAGCUUAUUCAACAAGCAUUAGAAGAAGCUCAUCUCAAUGAAAAUAGUACGACUAUUAUUGUUGCCCACCGUUUGUCUACAAUUCAACGAUGUAAUAUGAUUUAUGUCUUUAAUAAUCAAGGUGACAUCAUCGAAUCAGGAACACAUGAAACACUUCUUGCACUCAAAGGAAUUUAUUAUCGGAUGAUCACUGCUUUUACUCACUAA